CCUUCGUGCCUGUGUAAUGAAGCACAUGCGCACUGAAUUAAUCACAGCCAUUUUUUGCAGGAAACUAAUUAGCAGGAAUAAAGAUCCAAAGAGUUUUUUCUUUUCAAUCAUCAGAUCUCACUUUCACCUCUUCCUCGCUCCCUCUAACACAAGACUCAUCGCCUGCUUUGCAUCCAAAUUAUUUUUAUAUUGCCUUUAACAACUAAUAGUACCUACUUCGGUCUCUCUUUUUUUUUACACUCCGCAACAACAAUGAUCUUUCUUUUGCCACCCUAAGCGCAAACUGACCAAAAGGGGACUGCCUUGAUGGGAUCUUUAGCUAAAUCAUCUCAAUACUGGAUUAAAAAGCGAGGAUCACAAAGCGGCAGCGAGAAAUUGCCUGGAUGCGAUGAACGCCUCAUGUAGGCAUCAGCAUGGACAGCUGUGAGUCUCCCGUGGUUUCUGGGACAGACGAUGGGCUCGGCUCCUCCCAGCAGCAGCAACCACCACAGCCCUGGAACGAUCACUCUAGCUCACAGGUCACUUGCACCAACCAGGCCCCUUCCCUGGACCCCCUGUCUCUCUCUGCUCCCUACCCUUCUCAACCCCAAAACUCCAUUGCACCUCAUGACGGGGUGAGAGAACUACAGCCCCAGCAGCAGCAGCCAAAACAGACGUCACCCCAGGCCCACCGUGAUAGCUCUGCCACAGGCCAGCUGCAUCCCAGAGGAGAGGGUCCUGAGGAGGAAGAGCAAGAGGGAGUGAGCUGUGGAGAAGAGGAAGAAUCUGAGGACUUAGAUGAAAUGGAGAUUGACAGCUGUUUCCCAAGUCUUCAACCCUUCCCCGGGGUGCCAAUAGCUUCAGGGGGAGGGGGCAUGCCCACUCUUCUGCGACAUCAACCCACACAACAGCAGGGACCACCUGAGAGUGGGAGUGAGGAAGGAGAGGAUGAAGAGGAAGAGGAGAGCAGUGAUGUGGAGAACCUGGCUGGAGAGAUAGUCUACCAGCCAGACGGCUCAGCCUACAUCGUGGAGAGCCUCAGUCAGUUGAUCCAAAGUAGUGGAGGCAUGGUACCCGGCCUGCUUCCCACAAACUCUCUCACAAGUGAGGGGAAACCGGGGGAACCUGCCGGGACUUCGUCCUCGGUCUAUCCACAGAUCAUCAACACGUUCCACAUAGCCUCGUCCUUUGGGAAGUGGUUCGGAAAUUCAGACCAAGGUUUUCCCAAUACCUCAACAAUGACAGGCCUCAGCCCUGUCCUGCACAGUUUCCGUGUCUUCGAUGUGCGGCACAAAAGCAACAAGGAUUACCUGAACAGCGAUGGGUCUGCCAAGAAGUCCUGUGUAUCCAAAGAUGUUCCCAACAACGUGGAUUUCUCCAAAUUUGAUGGGCUUGCCCUAUAUGGCAAGGGCAAGCCCAUUCUCAUGUGUUUUCUCUGCAAGCUGUCCUUUGGCUAUGCCCGUUCCUUUGCCACUCAUGCCGUCCAUGAUCACCGCAUGACACUGUGUGAGGACGAGCGGCGGCUGCUGGGGGACAAGCAUGCAUCUGCCAUCAUCCAGGGCAUUGGGAAGGACAAAGAGCCCCUCAUUAGUUUCCUGGAACCAAAAAAUAAGAGCACUCCUUUGCCACCUACCCUGCUCCCCAUUAACUCUGGACAGAGCUUCUAUGGCACAUUUAGUGGUGUCCAUCUGGAGCCUGGAAGCAGCAGCAGGGGCAGUGAGACCCUCCUGAACAAAGACUCUGACUCUGGCCUCCAGCAACAGCAGCAGCAGCAACAAACCCCACUGGGCUCAGUCCUCUCUCUUGGAGGGCUGAGCAUUCCCAAAGCAUCCACUCUUACCUCAUCCCCAGGCUCUGCCAAAGACUCCAGUACCCUGCCCAAACAGGGAGGGAGAACAGAGGAGCCUACUGGGAAAGAGUUGGCAUGUAAGGGAGUGGAUGGGAACACUGAGGGACAUGAAAGCAAGACGCACCUAUCCAGCCAGAUGGGGGGCUCUGAAGAAGAGGACGAACUGUUAUUAGGGGAGGAAGAAGACGAGGUGGAGGCAGAAAGCACUGCAGUGGCCUGUGGUGGUAACAGUAGCAGCGGCGGGGGUGAAGCGGGGGAACCAGCUGUCUCAAACCAAAGCAUUUCCAAAUCUCCUUUAUUAAUGCCUAGUAGCACUCUCCAGCCUUCUGCCUGCACCUCUGCAGUCAGUUCCACACUCAACAGCAAAGCCCUUGCUUCCAUUUCCUCCUCUGUCAAGGAAGAGGGUUCAGCUGCAGACGGUGGGGGGAGGACCUCAGAGCUCCCUCUGAGCUUUAACUGCCAGGGACCCACAGUUCCCAUGGCAAUGGCGGCAGCUGCCGUCAGAAGGAGCGAGGAUGACACUGCUGGCACUUCCUCCUCGCCUCUGUCCUCCAAUGCUGCUGCUGAUGAAAGUGCCAAUCGAGAUAGUGCCACAGCUCCAGAACCAAAUGAUUGCCCGGCAGAGGGAGAGGAGGAAAAUGGAGCCCUUCUGCAUCAUCACCACAUGCACCACCACCAUCAUCAUCACCUCCACCCUACAUCUCAUGGCCACUCCCUCGCCCUCCCAGGGGGCUCCUGUGACAUAACGGGAAUUGGUGAGUGUUCACAGAACCAUGGGCCUGGUGGCGGCGGAGGAAGUGGGGUUGAAUGCCCCAAAUGUGACACCGUUCUGGGUUCCUCACGCUCCUUGGGUGGGCACAUGACCAUGAUGCAUUCACGCAACUCAUGCAAGACACUUAAGUGUCCCAAAUGCAACUGGCAUUACAAGUACCAGCAGACGUUGGAGGCCCACAUGAAAGAGAAGCACCCAGACUCUGGAGGCUCCUGUGUCUAUUGCAGCAGUGGUCAGAGUCACCCUCGCCUAGCUCGCGGGGAAAGCUAUACCUGUGGAUACAAGCCCUUCCGGUGUGAGGUGUGUAACUACUCCACCACCACAAAGGGCAACCUAAGCAUCCACAUGCAGUCAGACAAGCACCUGAACAACAUGCAGACACUGCAGAACGGAGGCACCAUUGGCUCUGCGCAGGAGCAGGUGUUUGGACAUACCCCUGGAGGAGUGGUGGCUGUCCCCUCAGUCACCCAGGCCAGUAGCCACCACCCUCCCCACCAUCACCCCACACAGUCCUCCACCCACAUGUCCGGACCGUGUGGGGCGCCCUCCCCAACCAAGCCGAAGAGCAAACCUACUUGGCGGUGUGAGGUGUGUGACUACGAGACCAAUGUGGCGCGGAACCUGCGUAUCCACAUGACCAGCGAGAAGCACAUGCACAACAUGAUGCUGCUCCAGCAGAACGUGACCCAGAUGCAGCACGGACGACUUGGCUUGGGGGCCAUGCCUUCACCGUCCGAGGCUGAGCUCUACCAAUACUACCUGACGCAGAACAUGAGCCUUCCACCAGGCCUAAAGAUUGACCCAGCUGGAGCUGAGGCCCAGUUCUUGAUGGGGAGCUUUCACCUGGAUCCCAACAUGGCCGCCCUGGCCCCUGCACUUGUAGGUGGGGAAAUCCCUAUGGACGUGCGGCUGGGCGGCGGGCAGUUGGUGUCCGAAGAACUUAUGACCCUGGGAGAGAGUCUAUCACAAACCACAGAUCCCUCCCUCAAGCUCUUUCAGUGCGCCGUGUGCAACCGCUUCACCACUGACAACCUGGAUGUGCUUGGCAUGCAUAUGGGAGCUGAACGCAGCCUACCAGAGGAGGAGUGGCGCGCUGUGGUGGGGGACUCUCAUCAGUGCAAGUUGUGCCACUACACCACUCAGCUCAAGGCCAACUUCCAGCUGCACUGCAAAACAGACAAGCACGUGCAAAAGUACCAGCUUGUGGCCCACAUCAAAGAAGGGGGCAAAGGCAACGAGUGGCGCCUGAAAUGUGUGGCCAUCGGCAAUCCAGUGCACCUGAAGUGCAAUGCCUGUGACUACUACACCAACAGCCUGGAGAAGCUGAGGAUGCACACUGUCAAUUCCCGCCAUGAGGCUAGCCUCAAACUGUACAAGCACCUGCAGCAGCACGAAAACGCGGUGGAGGGUGAUGCCUGCUACUACCACUGUGUGCUGUGCAACUACUCGACCAAGGCCAAGCUCAACCUGAUCCAGCAUGUGCGCUCCAUGAAGCACCAACGCAGCGAGAGCCUCAGGAAGCUUCAGCGCUUGCAGAAAGGCCUGCCGGAGGAGGAGGAGGACCUCAGCUCCAUCUUCACCAUUCGCAAAUGCCCUUCUUCGGAUACAGGAGAGCUGAGCGAGGAUGUGGAGGCUGCUAGUGAGACCACCACAGACCAGGAGGACCAAACCAAAGACAGAGAAAGUGGGGGGGAGAAGGAGCUCACCAAAGGGACAGCUUUGUCCGGCCACUUGGAACGGCACCAGUCAGAUUCCCCGAUCCCUUCCAAGAGGCCCUCUUCGCGGUCGGAGACCUCCGAGAGCCCGCUGUCCUCGAAGCGUCCCAGGACGGCUGAGAAGGGCGCCGCGGAGCAGAUGUACCAGUGCCCCUACUGCAAGUUCACCAACACGGACCUGAAUCGCCUCAGAAUGCACGUGAUGACGCAGCACUCUGUCCAGCCCAUGUUACGCUGCCCGCUAUGCCAGGACAUGCUCAACAACAAGAUCCACCUGCAGUUCCACCUCACACACCUCCACAGUGUGGCUCCUGACUGUGUCGACAAGCUCAUUGCGACAGUGACAGCAACUGAAGUACUACCAGCAAGCAUGUUCAUACCUGUACCGAGUCCAGACAGAGAGUCGCAGAGCACCCCUCAUCCUACAGCCAACUCCAACUCGGAGGACACAAAGAGGCCAGCUGAUGCAUCAGAUGCUGAUCCAGAGAAAGGGGUGUCUCUCCCUACGGAACCAGCUGAAGCUCGCAAGUCACCUCUGGAAGAUCAACAGUCGGAGAGGGAUGACGCUACAGGAUUCCUGUGCUGGAAGAAAGGCUGUAAUCAAGUGUUCAAGUCAUCAAACUCCCUCCAAAUGCACUUCAAUGAAGUUCACAACAAGAGGCCCCAGUUGCCUGUUUCAGAUCGCCACGUCUACAAGUAUCGCUGUAACCAGUGCAGCCUGGCCUUCAAGACUGUGGAGAAAUUACAACUCCAUUCACAGUACCACGUGAUCAGGGCUGCCACCAUGUGCUGCCUCUGCCAGCGGAGCUUCAGGACACUACAGGCCUUGAAGAAGCAUUUAGAAACCAGCCACCUGGAGCUGAGUGAAGCUGAUAUCCAGCAGCUGUAUGGGGGAUUACUGAUGAAUGGUGACAUUAUGGUCAUGGCUGAUCCAUCCCUUGGUGAGGAGCAUGGAAGUCUGGGAGAAGAUGACAAAGAGGGAGAUGAAAGUGAUCCAGAGGAGAAACAAAGCCCAACAGGCAGCGACUCUGGUUCGCUGCAGGAAGAUUCUGGAUCUGAACCUAAACGAGCUUUGCCAUUUAGAAAGGGCCCCAACUUUACAAUGGAGAAGUUCUUGGAUCCAUCUCGUCCCUUCAAGUGCACUGUAUGUAAGGAGUCUUUCACACAGAAGAACAUUCUUCUGGUUCAUUAUAACUCUGUCUCCCACCUGCACAAGGUGAAGAGGGCUCUUCAGGAAUCCACCACUGGUCAGCCUGAGCCUACCAGCAGCCCUGACAACAAGCCAUUCAAGUGCAGCACUUGUAAUGUGGCAUAUAGCCAGAGUUCUACACUGGAAAUCCACAUGCGCUCUGUUCUACAUCAGACCAAAGCCAGAGCAGCCAAACUUGAAGCAGCAGGAGGAAUCACUAGCUCUACAAGUGCUACUGGUUUAAGUGGUGGAGGGUCCAGCAUAAGCACUUCAACAUCUAGUCCAACCCCAGCCAGCAACUCAACUAGUAGCUCUACUAACCACAGUUCUUCUGGGUCUCAAGCAGCCCAGAAUAUUCUUGGAGGAAACCACAUGAACCAGAGUCAUGGCAUGGAAGGGCUGGGGAAUUCUUCAGUGAGCUCCCAUUCUUCACCAUCUGAGAAUCAUGAAGUAAAAAAGUCCAAAUUUAGCGAUAUUCUCUCUGCUCGGGGGCAACAACAGCAGCUCCAGCAACAACAGCAAUUGGCUCAGGCUCAAGCCCAAGCUCAAGCCCAGCUUCAGCAAGAGCUCCAGCAGCAGGCUGCUCUUUUACAAUCACAGCUAUUCAAUCCAGCACUUCUGCAGCACUUCCCAAUGACAACUGAUGCACUUCUCCCCCUGCAACAGCAGCAGUUGCUGUUUCCUUUCUACAUUCCUGGAGCGGAAUUUCAGCUGAACCCAGAGAUCAGUAUCAGCAACUCAGCACUCGGCCUAGCAGGAUCCUCCACCUCCUCGCUCCUGGAAGAUCUAAAAAACUCAGCCCAGCAGGCCCAGCAGAGUUGCUUGCAGCAGCAGUUGAUGCACCACCACCUUCAGCAGCAACACCAACAGCAGCAGCAGCAGCAGCAGCAACAGCAGCAGCAACAGCAGCAGUCUCACUCACAGGUUCAGAGUCAGAUGGCGUUGCUGCAACAGAGUGCAUCGCUCCUUCAGCAGGCUGAAAAAAAGCAGAAAUCUUCCUCCUCUCAGAAUGAGAAAGAACGAGAAAUACAAAGAGAGAAGGAUUUAGGUGAAAAAAACGAGGACUAUAUAAACAAAGAUCCUACAGACACCAAGGCGAAAGAAAAAAAGGACAUUCAGCAUAUUUCAAUAAACAUAAACCAUGAUACUGGCUUGCCUCCACCAAGGAUUGCUUCAGAUGCUCGAGGAAACGCAACCAAAGCCCUGCUGGAAAACUUUGGGUUUGAGUUAGUAAUUCAGUACAAUGAAAAUAAACAGAAAGCUCAGAAAAAGACAGCUGGACCUGCUGGAUCAAGUGGUCCAGGUGGAAUAACAAGAGUGGUGGACCCCAUUGAGGGAUUAGAGAAACUGGAAUGUGAAGCCUGUGGCAAGCUGUUUUCAAACAUACUGAUUCUAAAGAGUCACCAGGAGCAUAUCCACCAGGCCUUCUUUCCAUUUCGAUCCCUUGAGAGAUUUGCCAAGGAAUACAGAGAGCAUUAUGAUAAACUCUAUCCACUGAGACCUCCUACACCAGAGGCUGCUCCGGCUCCUCCACCGCCUCCUCCUCCACCUCCACCGCCUCCUCCGCCCCAAAGAGCUCCCACACCAAAUAUUCCUGUCUCUGCUGCCUCACUCACGCCUCCAACUGUACCUCCACCACAGCCACCAGUUCAAAUGACACAAAUACCCAUGCCGAUGGAUUUGCCCCUGUUCUCGCCGCUCAUGAUGCAGCCCAUGUCUCUCCAGUCGUUGCCCACUCAGCUGCCUCCCCAGUUACCAUCCGUUGAGCCAAGCUUGGCAUCGGACCUGGCCCAGCUCUAUCAACAGCAACUUACACCAGCCAUGCUACAGCAGCAGCAGAACAAAAGGCCACGGACGCGCAUCACGGACGACCAGCUGAGGGUCCUGCGACAGUACUUUGACAUCAACAAUUCACCGAAUGAGGAGCAGAUCAAAGAGAUGGCCGACAAGUCAGGGCUGCCACAGAAAGUCAUAAAGCACUGGUUCAGAAACACCCUUUUCAAAGAACGGCAGCGCAAUAAAGACUCGCCGUACAACUUCAAUAAUCCGCCAACAACAACUCUAGAGGACACCAAAGUCGAUUCCAAGCCUCCUUCACCUGAGCCUCAGAGACAAGAACUGUAUGGAAGUAAGAGAUCAUCCAGAACUAGGUUUACUGACUACCAGCUACGAGUUCUGCAGGAUUUCUUUGACGCCAAUGCUUAUCCUAAAGAUGAUGAAUUCGAACAGCUCUCCAAUCUCUUGAGCCUCCCCACCCGCGUCAUUGUCGUGUGGUUUCAAAAUGCUCGCCAGAAGGCAAGGAAGAAUUAUGAAAACCAGGGUGAAGGAGGAAAAGAGGGCGAAAGGCGAGAACUGUCAAAUGACCGAUACAUACGCACAUCAAAUCUGAACUACCAGUGCAAGAAAUGUAGUCUGGUUUUCCAGCGUAUCUUUGAUCUAAUAAAACACCAAAAGAAGCUGUGUUACAAAGAUGAAGAUGAGGAAGGACAGUAUGACAGCCAAAAUGAGGAUUCACUGGAUCUUUCCCAUGAAUGUUAUACUCCCUCUGGGUCUUCCUGUCACACUCCAAUGCCCUCCUCUUCAAGUCUCUGCCCGCUUCCACCCUCGACUUCAGCAUUCUCGCACCUCCCAUCCGCUGAGAAAGAGGAGGCAUCACCAGCAACCAGCUCAAACCUCUACGACGAGAAGCCCAAGCAGUUACCUGAAAUCUCCGCCGAUCUACGAGAAAACCAAACCUCCAUUAAGCAGGAAAUUGUGCACCAACCCCAGUCUGAGGCGCAACAUCAUAGACCUCAGAGAGACGAGAAGAUUCAAAAGUCCAUCAAGCACUCCUCUCCCUCCUUCUCUCAGCAACAACAGCAGUGCGGUCCCUCGGCCUCCCAGACAAGUCAGGCCUCGUCGCAAAGCGCUCACAUGACCCUCAACCAACACCUGACCUCUGCCACACAACAACUGGCACAACAGAUGAUCCCAUACCAGUGUGAGCAGUGCAAGAUUGGCUUCCCCUCCUUUGAGCACUGGCAGGAACACCAGCAAUUACACUUCCUUUCUGUGCAAAAUCAAUUCAUCCACCCCCAGUUCCUUGACCGUCCAAUUGACAUGCCAUUCAUGCUAUUUGAUCCCAGCAAUCCUCUUCUGGCAAGUCAGCUACUCUCUGGGGCAAUGCCACAGAUUCCCAGCAGCUCUGCCACUUCUCCGUCCACCCCGACCUCCACCAUGAACUCCCUGAAGAGGAAGUUAGAGGAGAAAGCUAGCACUAGCCCAGGAGAGAACGACAGCACAAACAGUGGAGAGGAACCGCAGAGAGACAAGCGGCUCAGAACCACCAUCACACCUGAGCAGCUAGAGAUCCUCUACCAGAAGUAUUUAUUAGAUUCAAAUCCUACACGUAAAAUGCUUGACCACAUCGCUCAUGAGGUGGGAUUAAAAAAGAGAGUAGUGCAGGUGUGGUUUCAGAAUACGAGAGCUAGAGAGAGAAAAGGCCAGUUUAGGGCCGUGGGGCCGGCUCAAGCUCAUCGUAGGUGCCCUUUCUGUCGAGCUCUUUUUAAAGCAAAAACUGCCCUUGAGGCCCACAUUCGUUCACGUCACUGGCAUGAAGCCAAGCGUGCUGGAUAUAAUUUAACUCUCACUGGUAUGCUACCUGACCAGGAGACCAUGCAAAUAAAAAUUGAUGCUCUAGAGACAUCAGGUUACUCCCAACUAGCCCCCAUUACAAACAGCGAUGGACAAAGUUCCUCCAUGUCACCAGUGAACAAAGGUUUGGAUCUUUCUCCCAGGGGUCUACUGAGCCCUUCAUCCAUCAAAGUUGAAGGAAUGGAAGAUUUUGAGACUGCAACUAUGUCCUCUGUGAACCUGAGCUUUGAUCAGAGCAAACUUGAUAAUGACGACUGCUCCUCUGUGAAUACAGCCAUCACGGACACAACCACAGGUGAUGAGGCUAAUGCUGAUAAUGACAGUGCUGAUGCAAAGCACAACCAAAAUAGUGGUGAUUACCUGUCUAAGUCUGGAGGCUCAGCCCCCAUCCUUGAAAAUGACGACCAGAUGUCCUCAGGGCUAGUAAGCCCUGCAACAAGCUAUUAUGCUAAGGACUAUGAAAACGAAAAUAUGAUUGACCACAGCGAGACAUCCAGCCUGGCUGACCCCUGCUCGCCAAGCCCUGGUGCCUCAGGCAGCAGGAGCAUUGACAGUGGAGAUCGACCUGGCCAAAAGCGCUUCCGAACCCAGAUGACGAACCUCCAGCUGAAAGUGUUGAAAUCUUGUUUUAAUGACUACAGGACUCCCACUAUGCUGGAAUGUGAGGUGCUUGGCAAUGACAUUGGACUUCCAAAGAGAGUGGUUCAGGUGUGGUUUCAAAAUGCCCGUGCCAAGGAGAAAAAGGCAAAGCUCAACAUGGCCAAGCACUUCGGAAUAAAUCAGACAUCUUACGAGGGGCCGAAGACUGAAUGCACUUUGUGUGGUGUCAAGUACAGCGCUCGCCUCUCUGUUCGUGACCACAUCUUCUCCCAACAACACAUCUCUAAGGUCAAGGAUACCAUUGGCAGCCAGAUUGAUAAGGAGAAAGAAUACUUCGACCCAGCCACUGUCCGCCAGCUUAUGGCCCAGCAAGAGAUGGACCGCAUUAAGAAGGCCAAUGAAGUUUUAGGACUCGCACAGCAGCAGGCCAUGCAGCAGCAGGGGAUGUUUGAUAACCCUGCAAUGCAGGCUCUGAAUCUCCAGUCAGCCUAUCCAAAUCUGCAAGGCAUCCCACCUGUCCUUUUGCCAGGGGUUGGCAGCCCCUCUCUCUCCAGCUUUAACUCAUCUAAUUCAGCUUUAACUCCUCCAAAACCUUCAAACCUCCUGAACAUGCCUGGUGCCAGUGUUCCCUCACCUAGCCUCCCCACAUCUGGAUUGCCCAACAAGCCUCCCUCCUCAUCGUCUCUUGCUGCAUCCAGCCCAGCCCAGACCAACACCUCUGCUUCGCACUCAAGCCCCACCUCCACGUCCAACUCGACUCCCUCGACCACCCAGUCCAGCUCGCGACCUGACCCCCCCAAAGACCGUGACGCUGAGAGGGUAAGAGAGAAGGAGAAGGCCAAGGAAAAGACGGAGAAGCCUUCGACCCCAUCGUCAACUGGAAGCACCCCUGCCCCUUCCACUUCUGCUGCCAGCGCCAAGAAGGAGAAACCAGACACAGCUGUUCCUGCCACCUCCAUGCCCACACCUGGCAUGGAGUAUGUGGUAGACCCUGCCCAGCUUCAGGCCCUGCAGGCUGCUUUGGCGUCAGACCCCACAGCGCUCCUCACGAACCAGUUUCUACCCUACUUCAUGCCUGGCUUUUCCCCAUACUACACCCCACAGAUCCCCGGGGCUCUUCAAGGGGGCUACCUGCAGCCAAUGUACGGUAUGGAGAGUCUCUUCCCUUACAACCCAGCAUUGUCACAAGCACUGAUGGGCCUGUCUCCAGGGUCCCUACUGCAGCAUUACCAGCAAUAUCAGCAGAGCUUGCAGGAGGCACUACAGCAGCAGCAGCGGCAGCUUCAGCAGAUCCAGCAACCCAAGGCGAGCCAAACUCCAGUUCCCCCUCAAACCUUGGGGGAUCGCAAAGAUUCUGCCAAAGAUACGGUGAAAACAGAGGAGCAAAAGGGCAACCCCCAUAGUGAACCCCCCACUUCCUCCUCCUCUUCGUCCUCCUCUUCCUCCUCCUCUUCCUCCUCCUCCUCCUCUCAUAAUAAAGUACCCUCUGAGCAGAGCGAGAUGGAUGGCAAAGCUGUGGACCCCCAUCUAGACCAGUACAUCGUCCCCAAGGUGCAGUAUAAACUGGCAUGCCGCAAGUGUCAAGCUGUUUUCACCAAGGAAGAAGCGGCGAUAACCCAUCUUAAAUCUAACUGUUUUUUUGGUCAGUCUGUGGCAAACCUGCAAGAGAUGUUGCUGCGUGUCCCCGGUGGCGUAGGUGUAGGGGCUGGAAGUCUCUACGAUUGCCUGGCUUGUGACACUACGUUGGAUGGGGAGAAAGCACUCAGUCAACACCUGGAAUCGGCAUUGCACAAACACAGAACAAUCAAGCGAUCAGUCAGAAAUGCCAAAGAGCACGCUACUAGUUUAUUACCUCACUCUUCAGCCUGCUUCCCCAAUCCUAACACCGCAUCUACCUCGCAGUCUGCCACUCAUCCCAUCAGCAGCCCCCCUCCCCCGCCAACAACAUCAGCCACCAUGCCAUCCUCUGCUGUCUCCUCUUCCCUGUGCUCGUCCUCCUCCUCCUCCUCCUCUUCCUCCUCCUCCACGACCCCACUCAACACCACAGCUGCCGGCAAACCCUGGCCCCAGGCCCCCUUCUCCAGAGCUUUAGCUGUGAAGCCCAACGCUAGUCCCUCCUCUUCUUCCUCCUCUUUUCCUCCAGUGUCCUCACCUUCAACGGUUACCUCAAGUUCAUUGAGCACCUCAGGAGUUCAGACCUCGAUACCAACAGACGUCUUUACCGACGAGUCUGACUCUGACAGCAGUCAGAAGUCAGCAGACAGGCUGGGCAGGACGGCGGAGGAGCCGCAGCAGCCUGGCUUUGUCAAAGACAGUAAUAGUUGUAGUAGUAAUCUUGCUAGUGUAGGAACAGACUCCAUCAGAUUGUAAAAGAGCUUUCAGUGAUGGACAAUAUUUAAAAAACACUAAAAAAAAGACAAAAAAAAAUCACAAAUGGAAAAAAAAAAAAAACAUAAAAAGCAGCAAUGUUAAAAAUACAUUAAAAGUAUACAAACCAAUUUCAGAAAAAGAUGUGUAAAGACUAACUGCAAUUCCAAAGCUUGUAACCAAAAAUUUAAAUGUUAGUGGAUUGUUUUCCCAUAUCAACAUGCUGGUUUUCAUUUUGUAUUUUAUUUUUUUUUGUUUGUUUAUUUUUUUUGUUGUUGUUUUCUUUUUGUUUUACUCAACUGAAAUACAAGCAUACUAAUAUGUGAGAACAGAAAAGAUCGCUGCAGUUACGUUUUGGGUAAUGGUAGAGGAAUGCUGUACUGUAUGGCAAUGGACUGCCUCAAAGUUGACAAAUGGCCCAAGAACCCUUUUGAAGAAAUGCAAGUCAACAAGCUGUCCCUUUGUUUUCUAAUGAUUUCUACUUAAUAGCACAGUCACAAAAAGCCAGUAUGUACUGUAUGGGAGAAUAGUCUAUCAGUUUUCUUGCUAUUUAAGCAUUCAGAUACCAAUGGCUUGCAAAAGUAAAAGAAUAAUGUAAUGUCUAUUUUAUUCUCAGGUCAACAGCUCACAGAUAUUUUUCUGUUACAGAAAUCCAUGUUUUACGCCUUUUUGUUUCCAACAGGAGAUGAGCAUUACUUUUUUUUUUUUUUUUUCUUUCUGAACUUGAUUUAACAAUAGAAAGUUUUAAGUUGGAUGAAAUUUGAACAAGGCAUUGUUUCUGGGCAUUCAAAAAGGGUCAACGAUUUGCCGAUUUUAACAUUCAAAGUCCUUUUAAAGUGGGGAAAAUCACAAUUAUAUUAUACCCAGACAAGGAGAGCAUUGCAGACAUACUAAUGGGCGAUAAAAAGAGUUUUGAUUAAAAAAAAAGGAAAAAAAAAAAAUCAACCUUCUGUAUUUAUGAUAGAUAUGAGCAUUUUUGGUGUUAAGUAGAUUGUUGCAUUGGAAAUGAAUUUAAACAGUAUGGUAGGUUGAAAAAAACUUUGUGUACAUUUAGCUUUUGUAUUGUCCAAUUUUAUGACACUUCAUUUGAUGUUGUCUUGGUCAUUCCGAUAGUCUAGAUUAUGGACAGGUAAUUUAUCUAAACUUUAUUUCUGUCUUAUUCUCAACUUCUUGGGAAACAUUCACCCAAAUGCCCCUCCUGACAAGGCAGGAUCCUCUUUUAGAAUUAUUUAAAUUUUAUGCUUUGGUUUGGUGUUGCGCCGACCAAAAAUGGAAAAAGAUCCUGGGUGAAAUAUUGAAAAGUUUUAUUUUAUUUAAUUUUUGUGUUACCUUUGUGCACUUAUCACUGUCUGACUCCUAUUUCUCACUCUUCUUGUUCCUCUUCGCACUUAUUUUUCUCUGCUCUCCUGUGUUUGUAGAUAUGUAUACUACAAAGCAGGUCUUUUGUUCUUCAUGUAGUGUGGCUACAGUCUUUAUUUUCAUUUUGACAUUUUUGUUGUCAUAAAUGAAAAUGAAAAAAAGAAUACUAAUAAUAAUUCUCACGCUUUAAGACAAAAAGAAAAUCCAAAGACUAAACACUUUCACCAUUGGUGCAUAAAGAUGAGAAAAGAGGCUUCUUUAUACUUGAGAAUUUGUUGCUGUUUUUAGAGGAAAGAAAACAAAGUUUUAAAAGAUAAAGGAGUACGCAUCAGAGUUGCCGUUUCUGCUUCUUUGCAAGCAAACAGGUGGCUUUUUUACGUAAAUACCAAAAACCAAAAAGGGCCCUUGUCCUUGCAUUGUGGAGUAGCACCGUUACAGAGCCAUUGCAGUUUGUAAGAUAGAGGUUAUUAAUCUUUGUUUGACUUUUGUCACAUUCAAAUGUCCAUUUUUUUAAGAAAAUGUAUAAGGUCUGGUCUUCAAGGACAUACGUUUUGCUGCUAAUGUAGAAUUUUGAGAAAAAAAAAGAAAAAAAAAAAGAGUACCUAGAUGCAUGCUCAUUUUGCUUUUGGCUAAGCUUUAACUAAAACAAACAAUAAACCAAUUUCUUGCCUCUGCAACACCUUUUUUUUUUUUUUUUUUUUUUUCCUUCUUGUUGCAAAAACGGAACUUUGAAGACUGUGAAUAUAUGUUCCAAAGGACAUUUUGCCGAUUUUCUUUUUUUGAACAGACCAAUGUUUAAAGCCAAUGAUCUAUAACGUUUGUAAAGAACAGUGCAUUCCAAAUAUCACAAUGGAUUUUUCUUAAGCAAGGACUGAUCCUGUUUCAUUUGAUUGCUUUUAAUUGUCACAAUCUAUGUUUUUUUUCUCCUCAUUUUUAAAGUGACUGUAAACUGUUGUGUAAAUUUUUUGCGUCAUCGGUCGCCGAACAAAGCGACCUCCAUAUUGUCAUUUUGUGCUGGCAUGGAACAUUGCUGAGAAUCCCUCCAUCCAGUCAAGGUUGUUGCUCACUUGUUAAGCAAGUAAUAGUGGUUACCAAAAAAUGUAUAUAAUACAUCUGGUACUGAUGCGUCUCAUAGGUUUAGUAACGUUAUGCCAGUCAACCUACAACUAGUCUCAGAGGGAAAUAAUGGCUGUUUUGCUGUGGUGUCGUCGCCCCCUUUUUUCCUGGGAGGUCUACCAGUGACUUGUCGCAUGUGUCUGCAGGGUGCCACUUCCACACAUAGAUUACAGGUUUUUAAAAGGGACAUCUUCAUUCCAAAGCAUUAUUUCUGGAAAAAGUAGGAGGUUUUUUGAAGAUGUCCCUUGUUUUCAAAUAGUUAGGAUGCUUUCAUGUCCAAAGAAGUCGCCUACUUCAUUUUGUUGCAAUGAAAAUGGAUGUGCAUAGGUACAUACACACACACACACACACCUUCCCACUGAUGAUCUAAAAUUUUUAUUUUUUGAACCAAAACCAACGCAUAUUUAAAUUUGUGAAGAACUACUUCUUGGCCACCGUUGUACAGCCAAUAUAUUCGCCCUAUUGAAUCCGAGGCACAAUCUCAGAAGUGUUUAAAAAAAGAUAAAAGUGCUACGUCUUGCAGAGAAAUGUGAUUUGGUGUUAAAUACCAUAGCAUGCUGUUGGAAGUCAGUAGAUCUGGUCUGCAAGCUUGCUACUUCUCAAGUCCAGUUCCCUGAAAUACUGUUCAUAUGUACGUUCUUAUUUUGAGAAAUUCUUAAGUUGUACAGUUUUUUUUUCCUCAAAUAUGUUUGCUUUAUUUUAAUUUUCAGACAAUGUCGGACAUGUAUUGUUAUUUUCUUAUAAGUAUUUGUAUUUUUAUUUUAGUUCCUGUAUAUUACUUUUUAUCAUAAAUUAACACUAGCUUUAAUUUGAAUUGCUGAAAUUAAGAAACAAAAAAAAAACCUAUGACCUGGCCACUUUAUGGUGUGAUAAUAGUCUUUAUAUUCAUUGUCUCAAUGAUACCGUUUGCUCUCUUAUUUCCAAAGUGUAAUCCUUUGAGCUCUUCUGUGGGAGAUGGAGUUGAGGUCUCCACAUUAGAUACAGCCAGCAUGGACUGUGUAUGGGUUUGUAUGUUUGCGUGUGCGUGUGAGUGUUUCAUAAGAGCCAGCAUCAAUUCAACUUUUCUUUUUCUUCUUUUCCUCGUUUGCCUUUUUAUUUUCGUUAUAUGUUACACACCAAAACAACCUGAACCACAAAGCUGGAUUAUGAAUAUCGGGAAAUUUAGAAACAAAAUCCAAUUUGAAAGAUAACGACCAGAUGAUACCGAAGCACUGAGCAGUUUUUACUUUGAUUGAAUAUAUGAAUGUGGCCAAAGCUUUAUGCAGUUGAAACAAAAAGAAAAAAAAAAAUAAAACUGUGCCCCAGAUAAGUGUAUAUUUUAUUGUGGCACAAAAACGCUAUUGUGGAGACGUGGAUCCACUGACUUACAUUGGGAUACUUGAUUUAAUGGACAAUUACAAGAGAGAGAUAAAGACAAGGUUUUGCUGUAGAGGUCAUCUUUUGCCCACUGUGAAAACGAACGUGUACCUGUAUACAGAUAUAGAUAUAUUUAAAACAAGACAUCAACUUUUUUUUCUUUGUUGUUUUUCUUUUUUGUUUUGUUUUGUUUUUGAGAUGAAGAAGGAAUGAAAAGCUUUUUUUUUUUUUUCUAAAAACGGACUCUGGGAAGCUUUGGAGAUCUUGUUAGGAGGACACGAGAGGCUGUGGGCACACCAAAACUGGGCAUGGGAGCCGAAGGCAGGCUCGAAACAGCUUUAAAAACCACCUCCUUAUUUGAUUACUGACAACUCUGUAAUGGGAACGGACUCUGGAACCAAUGGACAUGUGUGACACACAGAGGAAAGUCCUUAGAUGAAACUGAACUUUAAGUGGCUCCAGCUGCCUCUUUCUCCUUUCUGUCUGUCCUUUCUUUCUCCAGCUCUGCCUCUGCUUCUGCUCUUUGAUGGACAUUUUCCAAAUUUCAGGACAGGAUGGACAGAGAUGCUUGCUUCAUUUCUUCCAGUUCAUGUUGCUACCCGUUUCAUUUCCUUGUGCUUGUCUCUGGUUGACAAGUAAAGCUCUCCAGUCAAAUGGCGGCUCACCCCUCUCUCUGUUGGUUACAUAAUCUAACUAGAGAAAUUAAUAACAUAGAGAGGGGAUGGGUUCUCGACGCUGUCAUUCUUAAGGAGGCAGUUACACUAAAAAAGCGUAUUAACCAAAAUUAACAACCAAACUAACAACCAAACAACCAUUUGCUCCAAACUUCAAAGAUGAACUGUUACUUGGAGCUCUCUGUUCCUUUUGUGACUUCUGGUGCCACAAUGUUUUUUUAAUGCUUUUAGUUUUUUCCUUUUUGUUUUCCUUGAAUUACUCCUCCUUCGAGCCUCAUAAGCAUGGCUCUGUGGCUCCAGGCAGCCCAUCUGAGGGUAGAAAAAAACAGCCUUGCAAUGUACAAAAAAGAGCAAGUUAAACCAAAAAUGUUGUUCUUGAUGUCUUUUCUAUACUGUAGUCUUGUUAGCUUUUUUGUUACUGUAAUUAUAUGAAGAUUUCCAAACUGUACCAAAUUACAUGGAAACUAACAUACAUACAACCACAUGGAACUUCAGACUUUUAAAGAAACUUUUGUCACAAAACCUUGUUGUCCUAGUUAAGUUGAUUGUAGAUGGUAAUUGAAUAUACUCCUUUGAAAAUAUUUCAUCAAGUAUGUUUCUUGCUCAUUGUGAUACAUUAAAAAAGUAUGAGCAUAACUGCA